AUGAAUGUUCAACACAGGCAGCUGCUCAUGAGCGUCAAUGAGGAGAAGAUUCGCCGCAUCAUGGUUGGGCUGCAUGCCAAACUGCCUGAAUACCAACGCCUGAGCGGCAGCGACAAAGGCCUGUUCAAGCAGCUCCACAGUGACAGGUGCCAGGCCAUCCCGCAGGUGCGGAAUGUGUAUGAGCGGACGCGUGUGAAGUCGACCAGAAACAACUAUCGCUCACUCAGCAACAGCAUCCUGACUCUGAAGAAGAUUGUCACGGAGCACUCGACCAUGAACUCUCCUGCAAACAAGGCAAAGCGGCUGCAGAUGUGUUCGAAGGAGACGGAAAAAAGGAACUGGACAAAAUUCUGCCCAGAAUUCCGUUCGAAGGAACGCGAUUGA